AGAGAAUAAAUUCACGUGCACCAAGUCUGCCCGCUCAUCUUCCUCCUCCAUCAAGAGAGAGUUCAAGUUUUAGCGCUAUCCGGUCAACCACUCAAAACCCGAACCCGAAUCCAAACCCGCUCCGCCAAAUCGAGAUCCAGACGUGCCCACGCACUCAUGGGUCUCGCAGGCAGACACAUCGAUGGUGAACCCGACUCCGAAUCCUCCCUCUUGCUGUCCAUCACCGCCGCGUCAAGUUCGGCCAUCUCUGAAAAUGCCCCAAAGGACACUUUUCACUUGGCCUACAUAAUCUACUUCACUCUCGGCGUUGGCUAUCUUCUACCAUGGAACGCCUUUAUUACCGCUGUUGAUUACUUCUCCUACAUCUACCCCGGCGUCUCCGUUGACCGUAUAUUUGCCGUCGUUUACAUGUUGGUGGGCCUCUGCGGCCUUGUGGUGAUAGUGUUUUACGCCCAUGUAUCGGAUGCUUAUGUCAGGAUAAAUGUGGGCCUGGCGCUCUUUGUCGUAUCUUUGUUGGUCGUCCCGGUUAUGGAUGCCGUUUAUAUAAAGGGUCGGGUCGGGUUGAAUGAUGGGUUUGAUGUGACAGUAGCGGCGGUAGCGCUUUCCGGCGUGGCGGAUGCGUUGGUCCAAGGUGGGCUUGUUGGGGCAGCAGGGGAGUUGCCUGAGAGGUAUAUGCAGGCUGUUGUUGCUGGCACUGCUGGUUCGGGGGUCCUGGUUUCAUUUCUAAGGAUCAUAACCAAAGCUGUAUAUCCUCAAGAUGAACAUGGCCUCAGAAAAAGUGCAAAUCUCUACUUCGCUGUUGGGAUUGUGGUUAUGGUCAUAUGUAUUGUGUUCUACAAUGUGGCACAUCGCCUUCCAGUUAUUAAGUACUAUACAGAUAUGAAAAUUCAGGCUGUGAAUGAGGAAAAGAAGGAGAAAGGAUCCUUAACUGGGGGUGAAUGGAGAUCAACCUUGUUAGAGAUUGUUGGGAGCGUCAAAUGGUAUGGAGUUGGAAUCAUGCUCAUUUAUGUUGUGACUUUGUCAAUAUUUCCAGGGUAUAUAACAGAAGAUGUGCACUCUGAGACUCUCAAAGACUGGUAUGGGAUCCUUCUCAUUACUGGCUACAACGUGUUUGAUCUGGUUGGCAAGUCUUUGACUGCAGUCUAUAUGAUGGAGAAUGCAAAGCUUGCCAUUGGUGGCUGUUUUGCAAGAUUGCUGUUUUUUCCUCUCUUCUUGGGUUGCUUGCAUGGUCCCAAAUUCUUUCGAACUGAAAUCCCAGUAACAAUCCUGACUUGUCUUUUGGGUCUUACCAACGGUUACUUGACAAGUGUUUUGAUGAUCUUAGCCCCUAAAGUUGUCCCAUUACAACAUGCAGAAACUGCCGGGAUUGUAAUUGUGUUGUUCCUAGUUGGUGGUCUGGCUGCUGGAUCACUUGUAGCUUGGUUUUGGGUGAUCUGAUAUCUCUGUACAAAUCUCACUGCUAUCAUCGGGGCGCAACCCCACAAUCUGGUUUGGGAUAGGUUGAUGAAUGAAAGUCUCCUAUUUGUAAAGCUUUGUAAACUUAUCGUUAAUUACAAUGUUUCAAUUUAAUUAAUGCUCAACUCUAGUAAUCUAGAGGCUAGGCUGCCUCUCCUUGAAGUCA